AUGUCCUCCGGGGAAGCGGUGCAGGAGGUGCGGCGCAUCUUCACAAACAACACCGUGGAGCAGGUCCGCGACUACCUCAGCACCAUCACCCGCGGCAUACAAGAGAGCGAUGAUCGGCUUAAGCAUAUUGUGGGGCAGAGUUACCGCGACCUCAUUGCGGCCUGUGAUCAGGUGGUGGGGAUGGAGCAGACCUGCAAGAGGCUGCUGCAGCUGCAGAAGGAGCUGCACAUGGAGCAACAGCUGACAUCGUCUGCAUCGCCGUCGCCGCAGGCUCUUCUGGAGGUGUUGGAGCUAGAGAACUCCUCGCGAUGCGUGGGCGGCACUCCAUCCCCCGCGGCGACGCUGUGUGGAUUCCAAGAGGAAGAAAUUGUGGACGCUUCAGCGCAUGCAAACGGGACAAACGCACCGAGAUCAGCUUUGUGUGAGAGGCUAAUAUUUCAACAGCGCUGCAUUGCAAUUGAGGGGCUGCUUGGGGCCCAGCAGGUCCAGAAGGCGGCCACCGUCUGGCAGGAGUUACGGGAUGGGUUGGAGGGUGAGACGACGUUCACCGUGAAGAGUGUGACGGCGAUGGAGGAGUCAUGCAACACGUUAGUUGCUCACGUGCGCGACAAGCAUCAGGAAAAGCAACGUUUGUUGCUGGAUUCGUACGGGAAUCGCAUUCGACAGGCAAUUCGUGACUUACUUCGCAACGAUGCGGAUGAUGCCGCGCGACAUACAGUGGACUCGGCGGGUGGGGCAAAACAAACGAUGCGAGGCGCUGACAGUAGGAGCGACAUGCAGCGGCAGGCGACAGGCACGGUGGUGGACAGCCUCGCGGAGGGGAGUGAAGUUAUGGCAGCGGCAAUGACACACAUGACGGAGGCGCAUGCGGCACUGGGCGUCCUAGACGCCGUAGCCGCACCAAGUGCCCUGCAACAACUCAUUGCACUCGUGGCUGCCAUGAUUGAAGGGGAGCUGCAGUUAAUCUCUGAAGCAGUCUCCGAAAGGAUGCCGCCACGACGAGGAAGACGCGGUGGUGCAGGUGCGCCGGUGAGUGUUGGGGGCCAGUCAUCUGGUGCGGUGGGGUGGUUGCGGGGGGUUUUGACGCUUCCGGUGUGGCUUCUGGACGACGAGGCGGCGUCGCAGCUCUCGAAGAGAUGGACGCCACCAAACACGGAGGCAACAAAUUUGGGCAACACAGUUCCUCUAACCGCAGUAGCAACAACGACGACUACCAGUAAUACGGGUACCACUACAUCUGGUAGAUUUAACGGUGAAGCAAACUCAAGGGCGAAGGACACAGCCAUUGCCUUGCAUCUGCUACAGCGCACUCAGCAGCUGUUUUUUCACCUUGUGGCCUACGCGGCGUCGGUGCUGCCGCGGCUCUGUGGCUCCGAAAGGGACGUCAGAAACGAGGCCCCGUUGCCGCAGGACGGGGCUGCUUCUGCUGCUGCCGCCGCCGUUGUAGAGAACAAGGGAGAGGAUAUCGAUGGGUACGUGGAUUACCAACGGCAACAGCGUUCACUGCAGUCACUUCUCACACUUCGAGGGCGGCUGUUGUCUCAGCAACAGGAGGAUGAGGAUGAGGCGAGCAAAGAGGCAUUGGAGCUUGGCGGUCGAGUGGCUAAACGCGUGGGCGUUACUGUGACACGGGAUGUCUUGUCCAACUCGCUUCGCAGUGCCCCGGAGGAGGCGUGGGAGGCCUCAUUGAGUGGAUCAAGCGCACUCGUGCCGCUCACUCUUUCGGGUGGGCCUAGUGCGCACAAGCGCUCGCGGCUGCGAACGAUGUACGUUCGCGAGGUGAUGCGGCAGGUGUGUGGGAUGCAGCUUCUCGACCCGCAGCUUCUGCAGCGACGGCGGCUGGCAAAGCCGAUCUCCGCGUCGGAUCCCGGCAGCAGCAACAGCGAACGUGCGGCGUCUGCGUGGGCGGAGGUGAGGCGGAACCUGACGGCCGUGCAGGCGACCCUGUCACGGCUGUUGGGUUGCGUCGCGGACGCUGGUCUCCUGCGCAGCCCGCGUUUUGUGGCCAUGCAGGAGCGACUCGCACUGCAGGAGGCCACACGACUGCAGCAGUGGCUCAGGCAAAACCUCGGCCAGGGCGCGGUGCUCUUCGACAUCGCGUGGUGGACGGAGACGGUGCACAACACGACGGAGCGCGCCCUUGUGAAUGCUGUCCGCACGGCACUGCGAAAGGCGGACGUCGUCUGGAACGCCACGCUGCAAUGCAUCCAGAUGGAGAGCUGCCGCCCCCAGCGUGAACCGUUGCCAGCCCCGUCACAGGCGCCCCCACCACCUGCAUGCGUGGACGCCUCUGCGAAGGCGCGGCCAAUGACGUUGUCGCACUUGUCCCAGCGGCUUCUGUCCCGCUCACUCUCUGUGAGCCAGCUCAUUGCUGCGGUGCACCGCAGUGAUGGAAAGAGACCUGCGUCUUUCGUAUCGUCUUCGGCUUUGGAAGGGCGCACCCGCACUCGUGGAGAAGAGGGUACCACAACGAGCGCGCUUCUCGCCCGUGCGGUGGUGCAGUCUAUGUGGACACAUUCCAAGGUGACCGUUGAGGGAACGACAGAGGGCGCAUCUCAGCUGAACGCACGCGGUGCUCGGAGCCUCACUUCCGACAUGCCACCAGCUGGAGGCCUGUCGGCGGAUCUCGUUACGGCGACGAUGGGUGGAAGCAAGCGUGUCAUGCCGCUUGACGUGGUGGAUGAGAUGCUGUUUGUAGACGGCGGCGAGGCUGAGGAAGAGGAGGAAGUGGCUGAGGAAGGAGAGGAGGGGGGUACUCCUAAUGCGCAGGGAACGGAGGGCAAUAAGCUGCAAGCAAAGAAAAAGGCAUUCGUCUCCUCCUUCAUUUCGUUGUAUCCAGCAUGCUUGGAUGCAGAAAUGCGUGAAGGUGAGGACCAGGUCGCCGUGUCUGAGCGAAGCGUGUUGCUGCAUAUGCUGCAGCGCAUUGCUAACUCUGAGAAGUUGUGCGCCGCGGCGCAGACACCCGUGCAGAGUCUCAUCACGACGUGGAUGUCGGGUGCUUUGGGGCGCGUACAGGCGAUGAUGCAGAGCGAAACGGCGGAGCAUCAGCAGCCUCAGCAACCGCUGCAGCAGGGGGAGUCCUUUGAAUGCCAUGCGGCGAUGAUCGUCUUUUUUCAUCGUCUCUCGUUGCUUGUGGAUGUGCUGCUGCGCGUGUUGGAGGCGACGCCAGCGGUGUCAGCCGCGGCAGGGACACUUGUGCAGGAGCUGCGUCAGACGGUCAUUGCGUGCCAUACGCCAUGGGUGCAGCUCCUGCGACGGGAGUGGGAGAGUGGACUCUGCACGGCAUACAGGGAGGCAUUGGCGGCCGUCACAGCCCCCACAGUUGAUGCCGUUGCGCCAUCGCUGGUGGCACGGCGCUACGCGCUGGAGUAUGCGGCAUGCUGGUAUCAUGUCUCUCGCCAUUUGAAUCCGCAGGAGCGGAGUGAGGAGAAGGCGGUGGAAGCGGGGGGACAGGCAGUGGCGUACCCAAUCCAGCUCACUCCACACGUGGCGGAGCUCCUGUUAACGUUGCAGCAUAUCCUGUACACGGUUAGCGUGGGACGGUGUCUACACGAGACGGUAUUUCCGCUUGUUGUACGCGAGUUGCUAGACGGCACGGCAGCGGCUGCACUGAACUUUGUCCUGCCCACCCUGACCUCUGACAGGCGUACACACAUGAAUGGGGAUACGGGCAGCCAUGGCGGCAGCAGCGAUGCGAGCAACCCUCAAACCCUGCAUUUGCAGAUGAUGACGGACCACGCGACGGACGUCAGCAAUCGUGACGGGGGCACUGACGGCGACGGCGGCGUCGAUGACGACGAGAAGGAGGAGGCGCUGUUGCAGUUGUACUUUGAUGUGCAGUUUAUCACCAGGCUUCUUGUCCCACCGGAGGCGGCUUGCCGUGUCCUCCACGGCGGCGGUGCUGCGUGCGAUUGA